UUAACUUCUUUAUUCGCGAGCUUUUCAACUUUUCGUUAGUGGCUGAGCAAAAAUGGAGGCUACACGGAGCGACGACCCCAGUCUGAACCCUAUACGCAAUCGGAAUCCGAAUCCGAAUCCGAAUCCAAACCCAUUGUCGACGAUCAUCUCUUCAGCUCAGGUUUGGCCAACCAUUGACGGUCCGUUGGGGUUAACGGAGGAAGCAUCGGUGGAUUACGCUCGUCGAUUCUACAAGUUCGGUUUCGCUCUCUUGCCUUGGCUUUGGUUUGUCAAUUGCUUCUAUUUCUGGCCUGUUCUCCGUCACUCUCGGGCUUUCCCUCAAAUCCGCAAUUAUGUUGUCCGGUCAGCAAUUGGCUUUAGUGUCUUUACAGCUCUUCUCUCCGCGUGGGCAUUGACGUUCUCGAUAGGAGGAGAACAACUGUUCGGCCCUCUUUACGAUAAGCUGGUUAUGUACAAUGUUGCUGAUCGUCUCGGCUUGUCUGGUUUGGCUUAGCUCCCACCGCCUUGUCUCUCUCUCUCUCUAUCUCGUUUAUCUUUGACAUAGUAGAAACAGGAAGAUCUCAUGGCCUUGACUUUUGCCAAUUCCGUUCUCAUGUGUUUCUAUGCAAUCAUAAGUUGUUUUAACAAAAAGUUGAGGAGAUACUGCUGUGAAUAUUAAACUGCUUGGAUCAUUCAUCAAUCAAUGAAGUAAUUAGUUAUCAAGAGUUGUUUAAUUUCUCUUGUUAUAUCAGCCAAAAUGGUGCUCUGUUUCUAAAUGUUGGAUUUUGGCAAAGUUGGAACUGUGAAGAUAUGGAUGUGACUUUAAAGUCAUUCAUUUUAGGCAUAUCUUGUGUGUGUGACCUCGUGUUAAAGUGAGAGUAUCUUGUAACCAAAUAAAAGUUUGGGUCCUGAUGAAGUCGUUUUAUAUAGUGGGCCAUUUAAUAGUGUUGUGGGCUUAUAUUUUUACAGACGAAGGCCUUGUUCGCGAUUCCUUAAUAAAAGAUUCCACUUUAUGAUUAA